AAAUAUUCUACCUUUUAUUUGUUUUAAAUCAACUCUAUUUAUGGCACUAAAACCACCUCUAGUAGAAGAAUUUAUACAACAUGCUGUAAUUGAAGUAUCUUCCGUCAAUGACGGUAAACAAUCUAUUGAACAACAGAUAGAAGUUUAUGUCAAUGAUCUUUUUAAUGUACAAGAUAAUAAACAUAUUUCUAUUGAAGAAAUUCUAGAGGGCCUUCGCUAUGUCAUGGACUUUAGAAUAAAGAAUGGUAGCCAACCUCAUCUUGAAAAAAGUCUUAUGAAACGUUUGUCAGAGGGCCUAUUCCUAAACAUGACACAUACGGAGGGUCACUUGUUAAGGAAGAAAGCAACAGAGGCGGCCGAUAUGGCCUUUUUCUUGUUUAUCGAUUUCUUGGAAGAAGUUGAAGAAUUUCGAACGGUGGUGAAUGAAAUGGAUGUCUCUGAUCUUCGACAUCAACUCAAACUUCAUUAUCGAUGUCAGCCCAAUUCAUCUACGACUAUCCAGAAAAGAGGUGCCUUAGCUGUUGUGUUCAAACUCGCUCAUUAUUUCCCAAACCAGUUUGGUGAUUGGCGUGAUUUAAUCAAGGAAAGUGAGCAAAGUGAUCUAGAACGUCUCUUAAAUUCAUCUCUAGCCUCUGAAGUGAAAGCCAGCGAAGAAAAGGCAAGAGUGGCUGCUACUACUACUACUACCUCUCAAAUAUCUCCUCAUCAUCAUCAUCAGUCAAUUUUAUUACCACCACAGGCCCUUUAUUUUGAUAGGCCACUUGACAAGCUCAUAGGCAUGUUUUCCUAUACUCAUACAGAGAAUGGAUUACCUGAGGAUCUUGUACCUAGCUUACGAGAACACUAUGGAACGAACCAAUUGCCAAAGCCUCCUCGGCCCAACCCUUUCAAGAUGCUAUGGUUACAACUCACAGACUUUAUGGUUCUCAUCUUGAUCAUUGCUGCCAUCGUGGAAGCCGCCGAGCGUGAAUUUAAUAGCAUGAUCGUUCUUUUAGUUGUCGUUGUCCUCAAUACAAUCAUUGGUUUUAGUCAAGAAUGGAAGGCAAGUAAAACACUCAAUGCUCUUAUGAAUUUAUCUGUACCUCAGGCAAGAGUGAUUCGUGGUAGUGAGCAAAAGUUGAUUAAUUCAGAAGAAUUGGUUCCUGGUGAUCUUGUUAUUUUGGAAGAAGGUGAUGCAGUUCCAGCUGAUAUUAGAUUAAUAGAUGUGGCGCAGUUAAGUGUGGUUGAAGGUGUUUUGACAGGUGAAAGUCUUCCUGUCCAGAAAAACAUAGAAGCAAUAAAAGCAAAAACUCGCAAAAUUCCUCUUGGUGAUUGUAAAGGAAAUGCAUUUAUGGCUACAACUGUGGCACGAGGAAGAGCGAAGGGUAUUGUUGUUAGAACUGGAUUAAAAACAGAAAUUGGUAAAAUUAGUGCUGCUAUUCAAAGUGGUACUAAACAUAAAGUGAAAACCCCUAUUCAAAAAAAACUUGGUAAAUUGGGUAUUUAUUUAGUCGCAUUAGCUAUAUUUCUUUGCGCUUUAGUUGUCGUUAUUGGUGUUAUUUGGAAACGAAAUGCAAAAGAAAUGGUGAAUAUUGGUUUAAGUUUAGCAGUUUCUGUUAUACCUGAAGGUUUAGUCGCAGUAACAACUGUUACUAUGGCGAUUGGUGUAAGACGCAUGGCAGCAAAUAAAUGCAUCGUGAGAACAUUACCUGCUGUCGAAUCCUUGGGUGGUGUUACAGUCAUAUGUUCAGAUAAGACGGGUACUCUAACUGAGGGUAAAAUGAGUACAACUGAAUUAUGGACCUCCGACAACUCUCUUUAUCGAUUUAUGGGUACUAAUUCUAUGGAUGUAAAGCAAGGAGAAAUUAUUCGUGAGCAUGAAGAAUUACGUCGACGUAUGAUUCAUCAUCGAAGUACGGUUCCCAACAAGUUUUCAUCACCACCACUUGCUUAUUCUAGUACUAAGCCUAAUUUAGAAGAUCAUUCCUCUUCUAUCAAUGAUUAUGCAACGAUGAAACCUAAACCUAUUGAUAGGGAUCACAUCGAAAGUUAUACUCAACACUUGUAUUAUGCUCUCAUGAUCGCUAGUCUCUGUAAUAAUUCAGAUGUUCGACACAACGAGGAAACCGGUGAAUUUGAAACAGUAGGUGAUCCUACUGAAGUCGCUCUCACUGUUGCUACGCAAAAGGCUAGAUUAGAUCGCAAGUACUGGGAAAGCCAAGGCUUUGUUAAAUAUUUUGAACAUGCCUUUGAUAGUGAACGCAAAUUGAUGAGUUGUGUAUUUAAACAACAAAACGAGGAAGCCAUCAUCACCAUGGUUUGUAAAGGUGCACCAGAAGAGUUAUUAAACAAAUGCAGUCACUUUUUGAUGAAAGAUGAUACACUAUCCGAAAUGACAGAAGAGUUUGCUUCUCUUGUAUACGAUGAAAAUGUCAGGAUGGCAUCUCAAGGUUUGCGUGUACUUGGCUUGGCUUACAAGAAGAUUAUUAAAACGGAUGACAAUGAGGAUCAUUUUUCUGAAUCUGAACUUGUGUUUGUUGGCCUUGUAGGCCUUAUUGAUCCUCCUAAAGUAGGUGUCAAAGAAGCCAUUGAAACAUGUCAACAAGCGGGUAUUCAUGUGAUGAUGAUCACUGGUGAUCAUAUAGAGACUGCUACUGCUAUUGCAGCUCAGUUGGGUAUAUUUAAAAGAGAUCAUCCUAAAAUGAACAGGGCUAUUCUUGGUCGUGAAUUAGAUUUACUUUCUGAUGAUGCUAUUAUGGAAUUAGAUCCAUUUCCAAGUGUAUUUGCACGCGUCAGUCCGGAUAAUAAAUUAUCUAUUGUUCGUUCUUUGCAACAAAGAGGCGAAUUAGUUGCUAUGACAGGAGAUGGCGUUAAUGAUGCACCUGCAAUUAAGCGUGCUGAUGUUGGAGUUGCAAUGGGACAGGCUGGUACAGAGAUUACUAAGCAAGCAGCUGAUAUUGUUCUUGCUGACGAUAAUUUCACUAGUAUUGUUCAUGCAGUUGAAGAAGGAAGACACGUCUUUGAUAAUAUUCUCAAAUUUAUUGUUUAUUUAUUAAGCUGUAAUGGUGCUGAAAUAUUCUUAAUGUUAAUUUGUACCAUAGCGAAUAUCGAAUCCCCUUUAACUGUCAUGAUGAUUUUAUGGGCCAACAUUAUUGCUGAUAUCCCUCCUGCUAUGGCUCUUGGUGUUGAACCAAAUGAAAAAGAUUUAAUGAAUAGAAAACCUCGAAAUCCUAAAACAGAAGUGAUUACGAAAGCAACGUGGCUCAUUAUAUUUACGAACUCUAUGUUAAUUGCCUCCUUGGCAAUAGCUACUUAUACUAUUAGUCUUUAUAUUUUAAAAUUUGAUUUAGAAAUUGCAAGAUCAAUGACUUUUACAACCUUAACAACGUUGCAGCUCAUUCAUUCAUUUAAUGCAAGAAGUGUUCACCAAUCAAUUUUCAAGACAGGUAUUACAAGUAAUUGCUGGAUGAUUGGAAGCUUUAUUUUAGCUUUUUCAUUGAUGAUUUUAGGCAUCUAUGCACCAGGCAUCUCUUCCUGGCUUGAAUUAACGUCUGUUGGUUGGCAAUCUUGGGUAAUGACUAUUAUCUGUGUUAUAUUUUUGAUCUCCUUUGUUGAAAUUGAAAAAUUUGUUAUCCGAAGAAUGAUAAACAAAAUAUAAUAUUCUCUACAACAUAUUAUCUCUCUUCAUUCUUAACAUAACUAAUAAAAAAAAAGUAAUAUCUUUUUUUAAUGUGACUUUUUAAUGGUGUUAUUUUAGUAGGUUAUUUUAGUAUUUAUAUCUACUAUAUUUAACAACGUUAAAAGAAGUAGUAGAAUUCUUUAAUCUAGUAUAUGUCUUUUUUUUAUCUCCUUUUAAAAAUGAGGAUUGUCAUUUC